AUGGCAUCAAGAAAUACUCCCAAGACUUGCUUCACUAUAUUGAUCCCAGAAGUGGAGACGGAACUCCAGUCCUUUCCUGAGAGACGUUCUAUUAUUCUCUGCAGCAUUGAGAGACAGGCCAGCAUUACGAGAACCACAUUGGAUCUUCUGGAAACGGGCUUUGCUGUCCAUGUUGUAGCUGACGCUCAUCUUGCAGUCAGGUUUACCGACUUGUGGCUCUUAACCGCCUUAAGCAAAGUGGAGCUUUUCUAA